AGGGGAUAAGGCCUUUACGAUACUACAGUACUUGGGGUUUACCAACAUCAUAACCUUGAAUGAUCUCUACAACUAUAACGAAUGCUUGCAAGGAGUUGGCGACCGACAGCGGAAGCUGUUCAUGGCCUGGGAACUGAUUUACUGGUUCCCUAGAGAUGCGAAAGGGUACUUGCUUGCGAUAAAGUACUAUCUAGAGGAAAACAGUUUCGAAGCGGCAUUUUCUGUUUUGGAGCAAGGAACUGCUGCUGCGGGCGAUGCAGUGGCCAAGCCAGGGAGGUCUAUGUACAUGAAGCAUACAUCCAAAAAUAAUAUUCAAAGAAGCACGGAGAGAAGAAAUGAUUCAAAUAAGCUAUCGUUGGUAUCCUCGGACUACGAGACCGCCACCAAGGACCCCAUUAUCGCUUUACCGUCCGAUAUCAUUACAGACAUUUUCUUGAGGAUUCCGUAUGGCGAGCGUUUAAUUUUACGAAGGGUCUCAAAGUCCUGGAAUAGCGAAUUGCUAUCGAACCGUAUACUCUGGCAGCAUAUUGACUUCCGUAGCGGGAAGCGGCCGGUCCGCUUAGCUGAUGCUGAACGAUCCAUUGCACUUGCGGAUGGGGCGAUUCAAGAACUUUACCUGGAGAAAAUACUCCGUCCUGAAGAAUCUCUUUGUGUCGAUGCAUUUUUGGAGGCCGCAGAACAAAACCCAGGGGCAUUAAGACGUCUUGAGCUGAAUUGCUAUGCUCCGCACUUCUUGACGAAGGAUCCCGACGGGCCGUCUAUCAUGGGCGGAGAGGCGCGAAUGAACACUCUUCUGAACCUCACAAGUCUGAAAAUGGCUCUUGAUCAGUCAGAAUAUUUUGUCAAUGAUAUAUUGGAUCGAGUGACGCUUCCGAAUUUGCAAGAUCUGUUUUUCUAUGCUGAUCAGCAUAGACAUGUUGAGACGCGCAAUUUACGCUAUAUCGUUAGAGCUCGCACUUCUAUCAGUGAGCAACCCCUUCCAAAUCUAAAAAAAUUCAGAAUUGGCUCGCAACUUGAAAUUGGGUCGUUCGUGGAAAGAUCAGACUUCCCAAGAAAUCAUUACUUUAACCCGCUUCGUGAAAUGGUUACGAUUGCGCCCGGUUCAUUAAAUGAUUUAAUCGCACUGAUGCCCAAUCUCGAAAGUCUCGAAAUUAAAAGACUAUUCAUGGAAGGAGUGCUCGACUUGUCUAGUUAUCUCAGACUUAGAUAUGUGAAUUUGUCACAGUGCGUACUUCACGAGACUCCGUUGAUACCCGAGGGCUGCAAGACUUUGAUCCUGAACUCUUUGCUCGUUGGAUUUCUUGAAGAACUAGACUUUCUCAUAGAGAACGCCAGAUCAAUUGAGAAGCUUGACUUUAGUGGUCAAGAAGACCGUGUCAGCAUGUCAAUCGUCGAGCAGUUCAGCCUUCUCAGUCCAGAAGUCUUCACAGAUCUGAGUCUUCGUCUAGUCUGGAGAGACUUUGAACCAGAUACGGUUUUAAGCCAUAGCGUCCCUUUUCCGGGUUCUGAUCUUACGCCGAUGAUACGUGGCGGGACACCGUUUGAUUAUAUGAUUCACUAUCUACCAAACAUUAAGAGAUUGGAUCUGAGCUGCACCGCAGUCACAGACCAAACCAUGAGGAAAAUAAGUGGUCUUCAGCGUUUGGAGUAUCUUGAUGUUUCGGGAACGAAGAUCUCAUUGAAAGGUGUUUUUGACCUGUUGAAACCGGAAGUGAGCGGGUCGAUGGUGAAUGAUUCGCAAACCUGGCGCUCGAUGAGAGAGCAUUGGAGAGCCACGACAAACGUGAAAACCAUAAUCUUGAAGAAGUGCCCGCGUAUUGAUAGAACAUCAAUAGCCUGGCUAGAGGAACAUGGUAUCACGACAGGCUCGAAGCUCAGCGACUAUCCUGAGUGGGCUCAUCUGAAAUUGUGGAAACCUGAAUGUCUUUGACGAAAGUAUCCCUCGAUUCUUGCGAUGAAGAGAAU